AGCGACGGUUUGUAUGAUUUGCCGCCAUACAGUUCUUACCGUUUGCAGUUCGAGGGCGGAGGAAGCUGUUGGCGCGAAACGGUUGGUUGUUAGAGAGUUACUUGAAGUUAUUUCAUCUGAACCAAAAUGCCUGCUAAGAAGGGUAAGCGUGCAGCAGCCAAGGGUGAGCCCGAAGAAGUGAAAACAAAAGUUGAAUCACCGGAAGAAAAUGAACCGACGGAACCGAAAAAGCCGCGAGCUGCUGCGAAGAAAGAAGAUUCAAACGAUGAAGCCGAAGAAGAGCCAGUGCCGGAAAAGGAGGCGAAAAGAGGCAGAGGCCGCCCAAAAAAAUUAGAUGCGCCAGAAAAAGCUCCAAAAGGUGAACCGAGGAAGAGGGGGCGCCCGAGGAAGGUAGCUAAAGAUGAAACGGAAGCUGCGGAAGAUUCUGCCGAAGAGGAUAAUGGCGUGGAGGAGAAGAAGGCGGCUCCUCGUAGUGCAGCCAAACCAGGAAGACCAAGCAAGAAACGUGGUCGUAAUGCGGCUGCUAAAGAAGAUAGUGAGGAAGAAUCUGAUGGCGCAGAUGACAAAGAUUUGAAAAUUGCAGUGGAGCAUUGUAAAUCAUGAAGUAUUUUUCGCCGCAAGGCCUUGGAGCUCUCCGAAGCCUUGAGGACAGAGUGGCCCAAACUUGAAAUUACGUACAAUGAUUCUACCCCAAGACGAGGAGCAUUUGAAUUCGUUCUGAAGAAACCAGAUGGAAGUGAUAUUGUACUUUGGAGUGGAUUGAAGAAAGGUCCACCACGUAAGGAAAAGUUUCCAGAAUCCAACAUUGUCAUUGAAUCUCUAAGGAAAGCUCUCUGAAAUUCUUACGUCUGUGGUUUCCAGCGUAUGAUGGUGAAGCCAGAAAGAAUGUAAUGUUCCCUGCUGACACUGAUGCUUCUUGGAAGCCAAGGAUACAGGAAUUUCAGUUUUUGCUGGUGUUUAAUAAAAUGCUUCUUGUCUAGUGAAGACUGUUUAGUUGUAAGUUAGAGACUUAUGUGGGCCACUUGAUUUCUUUGAAACAUUAGGUGAAGUUGCUGUGCUGCUACUCAAAUUGUUGAUUCCCUCUAAAAAGUGUUUUAAUACAGUUUUGUAGUAUUAGGUUUCUUAUGUUUUGUACUCAUUUUUUUAAAUUUGUGCUGUGUACAUUUCUUAUGUUUAAUAAAGAAUGUCUUAAACUUU